UAGCGAAAGUUAAAAUUGUCCCCAUAAUGGAUUUUACCUAUCGUAAAUAAUGGUUUUCUAAAGCGCCCACUCUUAACACUUAUUUGGAAAAUACAUAAGAUUUGCGGUAUUUGGAUAAGAAUAAAUAUAUAAAAUCUUGAAAGCUACUAGGGUUUUAGUAUAUUUGGCUAUACAAAUAGUGCUGAGUUCGAAGCAGGUAUGCCGACGGGAUAUCACAAGGCGUGGUCCACACAGUAUGGUGAGGAUUUUAAAAGAAGGGUUGUGUGGAAUCAGCAAAAGAAGAAAUCAAAUCAGCGCAGGAUAUACAGACCGUUAGGACCACGUGCUACGGAGCUCGUGCCGCCACAAUGUACUCGUGUUUUUACAGAAGAAAUGUAUGGUUUGGACGAUCCAAUGCUAGAUGACAUAAUGUUGAAAGGCGAACGUGGUGUUCACUUUCCAACCAUGUACAGUAUUCCACAAGACAACACAAUCUUGAACGGUGAAUGCGGUAUUCAGUUUUCAACCGGUCACAACACCGACAUGAAUGUUCAACAAGUGGUUCCCGUGUCUGGCAGUGCUAUGAUUCAUGUACCAGGAGAAGCUGACCCGGUCAUACCCGAGUCAGAGCCUAUACGCAGUGAGUCUCCGGAACUACAUUGGAUCUGUUGGCCUGAGCCGAAGAGGAACAAAACUCCAAAGAGACCAUAUACAUCGCAGGGUUUGUACACAGACCGGAACUCUGGUAACCAAACACCGAGGAAUGAUAGGUCGUUAAACGAAGGAAAACCCGUGCAAUACGACCCUAAAAUCAAGAGCUGGACAAACGUUUCUGCUGAAAACGACCGAAAAGCCGUCGACGCCAUGUUUUCUACAAUGAAGCGAAGCCAUUCAUUUUACGAGCCGAUGUACAAACCAAUGACAUCAAUCUCGGUGAACGACCCACCCCCUAAGGACAAAUACACCAGAUAUGGCGGUCAGGUCGUGGAUCCUAGAAGUCUGUACCAGCAGAAUUUCUCUCCGUAUUAUCAGCCACAUGGCACGGGGCCCAGAGAUGCAAUGCAUUUACAAGAUCUAUCAAGGCAAAUGAACCAAAGUCAGUCGCCGGCAUUCAACCACAACUACAGCUUCAACAAAUAUCCACUGCACAUGCGCAGAAAUAAACGUUCCGCUGCCACCACAGACGACUAUGUACACGAAAGAAGCAUGUUUAUGACAACUACCCCCAACUGUGUAGGCCAUUUUAUAAUACACCCGGACUGGGUGUCGGAGCGCAGUUCCCUCAGAAGAUCUAAGUCAAUGCUUCAGAUGAAUAGUUCAAGCAAAUUUUAGGUUUUGUGGAAAAAAAUAUAUAUUUACACAUUGCAUUUUCGGUGAUUUUCAGUUCUCAAUAUGAUCUACUCUAUACAAGUUCAUUGCUGCCAAUCUCUUACAUACAGUCAAACCUGAGUUAAUGAUCAUUUGUGAUCACUAGUCCUGUGAAUUUUCACCUGUAAAAAGACCAUCUACACAAAUAGACCACUCGCUUAUAGGCUGUCCCAGUUGUACUCAUUAAAUACAGGUCUGACUGUAGUUUUUACUUGGAACCACCAUCUUCAGGAAGCCUUCCUGUAUUAAGAUUUUGUGUACAACGGUUUAUUUUCAAUACAAGUUUUAGAACGUUUUACUAUUUUAACAGGGAUUGUGUAUGGCCUCCAUCUGCCCACGGGUGGUCUGUAUAUGCACGUAUUCACUGCUGUAGGUGCAUCAUUGUGUAGUACUAGGACACUGUGAUAAAAAGCAUUAUGUGCCCCCCUUUUUAUAUAUUCUGAAAAUAAGUACAGGAAGUAAGUUAAUUGUUUUACCAGAAACUGACGGGAAUUGUAAACAUCUCUUCUAUGUAUACAUUCCGUAUGAUGUUAUUUUUUUUUAUUCUUUUUGACAUGAACAACAACAACACAUAAAUUCGAGUAAUGCCACCUUGUUUUCUCUUUUCUCACGAACACAUGAAUAAUAUUGCCGGAGAAAUGUAUUUAACUUCUUCAGAAAACACAAUGAAAAACUGAGAUUUUGACUUAACGACUCAUUAACCCUAUACAGUCGAACCUGUCUUAGCAUCCACUUACAGUAAACACCCACUUGCAUUAAGCAGCCAUUAAGCUAACUUCCUAUAUUAACUUUUUUUCCUGAUUUCAACUUGUCCCAAGCAGUCACCUGCUUUGAGCAGCCAUAUUGUGUUGCGCCUUUUGCUGGCUGCUAAAUACAGUGUUGACUAUAUAUGUUCACAAUUAUCCCACUAGAAAAUUUUAUGUGAAACGUUUUCUUUAAACUUUGAACAUGUUUAUGUUGUCAAUACUAGUACUCGUUUUUGAAUGAUGCAUCUGACCGAAUCAGUAUUAUUUAUGAAUAUACGGUUUGUAAUAUUUAUUCGAUUAGUUAUAUAUAUUAAUCAUUUUUAUUCCAAAUUUUUUCUUGCUGUCUACAUUCUUUUACCUUAAUUAUGUCUCUAGUAGUGUAAUGAGUGUACAUAAGAUUAUUUAAGUGAAUGGAGAAUAUUUUUGUUAAAUUUGCAAAGCAUGUGCUGCGUCUAACAAUUCAUUAUUACAAAUUGUGAGCUGUCACGUCAAAAGAAACUUUAUGUCGGCGAGAUGAUCUGAAAUUUACCACAUUUUUGACAUAAAAUAAGCGCAAUUUAUGUGACAAGAAUGAAUUUUAAUCAUUUGUUCUAAUUCAGUCCUGAAUGCUCUUACCAGGUCCCUUUUUAUGUGUCGGCGCACAAUUGAUCAUGUUUGAACGUUUAUUUUAGUAUAAUACACUCAUAAUUAUUUUUGUUGCGUUGCAGAUUAGUAUUAUAUUGUAUUUAUUAUUUUAGCACUUGUUUGAAUAAAAUUAUUUGAAUUGGC